AACACUGGACCUCAGUAGUAAUAUUAAACAUGACUCUAAAUGGUAUUUAAUUCAUUAAUGUCAGUAAUGAAUGAGACAGAAAACAAACAUUGUUCAGCUGCAGAAGCUGGAUCUAAAAGUAAAGAUGCGGCCACUCUGGAUUUAACAAAGAACAGACUGGUGUGUGUAGAAUAUCCGGCUUUAUUUAAUAAUGUGGAUAAAAUGCUGGAGACUAUUGGAGGAGAACAAGGAUUAUCCAAGACCUACGCGGAUCCGUCCAAGCGGCUGGAGCUCUGUUAUCGCCCAAAGGAUCCUUACUGCCACCCCUUGUGUGGGAAUCGCUUUUCUUCCUCCAACCUGCUCAUCAAAGUGAGACGCAGGACACGCAAAAGCACCGGGGAAUCUCACGUCACAAUGGAGAUCCUGGGCCUCAUAGAAACCACGUACAAAUUUCAAGGAAUGGCCGACUUUCAGUUCCUUGCUAUGCACAAUGAGCCGGAUGGAUCCCAGGUUUCGUUGUACGACAAGAUCAUUUUAAACAAACCUGAAAAGAAGGACUUCUUCGACCGGCCUGUGCCGCUGUUCAUACCACCGCCCAUCUUCUCUCGUCUGGACAACCCGGUGAAUUACUACUACAGGCCAGAUGGGACACACAGGGAGGGAUACAUGGCGCCUACACUGUCUAAAGAAAACCUGAUCGGUCCAACCCGUGCCCGGAGAGCCCACAAUGCCAUUUUUGUUAGCUUUGAAGAAAUAACGGUGCCAGACGAGCCGCUGGAAGCUGCAAAGCUUAACUGGAAGAAGAGCGCGAUCCAUCACAGUGAUCACAAAGCAGAGGAGGACAUGAGAAAGCUGUUUGAGAAACGACCUGUAUGGUCCCGCAACGCCGUCAAAGCCAACAUCAACAUUCACCCGGAAAAACUGAAGCUCCUGCUCCCCUACGUAGCCUAUUACAUGCUGACUGGACCAUGGAGGAGUCUGUGGGUGAGGUAUAGAUAUGAUCCACGUAAAAACCCAGAAGCGAAAAUCUACCAGGUUUUGGACUUCAGGAUCCGAUGUGGAAUGAGAAAUGGAUAUGGAGUGAAUGAGAUGCCAGUGAAAGCUAAAAGAAGUGCCUACGAGUACACCCUUCCAACCUCAAUCAAUAAAUCAGCUCCUCAGCCAGCUAGUCUGAAAGAAAUCACUCAGGAUGGUGCUUCCAGUUCUAUACACCCUUCCACUAAAUACAUGCUGAAGGAGUCAGCGUACAUUUUCCGAAAAGGAAUGCUGCCCCCUUACAGACAGAUGUUUUACCAGCUAUGUGAUCUUCACAUACACAAAAUUCAAGAAAUCAUUCACAAAAAUGACGGUGCUGAGGAAGUGUGUGACGAGCGUGACGGCUGGUGUUUGCCGCGGACUGCCGAUGAGCUCAGAAACAUCCUUUCCUCAAUGAUCUCCCAAGUAGUGAAAUCCAAGAAGUCUGCGCUUUCUUCCCCAAAGCUGGAACCUGUCCGGGCCGGGCGGAAGAUGGAAGAGAACAACGGGGAUGAAGAUGAUUUUUAUGAUUAUGAUGAUGAUGACGAUAAUGAUGAUGAUGAAGAAUACAAGGCUUCUGAAGGGAGUGAAAAUGAAAUGGAGACUGAGAUGCUUGAUUAUAUGUAAAGCUACAGCUGUGGACUUUUGGGCUGCUUUUUUGUACCUGGGAUAAUAAACUAUGUUUUUUAAACGGAAAAGUAAUUAUUAGGGUUAAAAACUGUUUGUUUAAUAAUAAAUUAUUCUGUUUAUUAUUUGGUAAACAAGUGUACGCUAAGUUAUCUUUUUUACCACCUUAUUUAACAUGAAUUAAUUACAGUUCAGCUGGAAAAACUGGCAAAAAAACAGCAAUAAAGUUUCCAGUAGCUGCUUUUCAGACGUACUCAGGGGUAAAGAGGAACUGUUCACUAUUCAGAGAUUUCUUGCAUGAACAGUUCUUCCAUUUUCUUCCAUCUGGACCAAUUGGUGUAAGUUCUGAAAAAUGACUAUAUUUGGCUAUUCAGUAAAACACAUUUUGAUGUUGAUUUAUUUGUGUAUAUAGAGUUAUUAUUGUUUUCCAUCUUCCUACCCUGACAGUAACCUGAUAAUAGAGGGUGUGUCACACUGCUACACCACCCAGAUGCUCCUAGAAAGUCUUUCCUAGCUUCACGUAUAUCUUCUUAAAAAUUUUUUAAAAUAUUUUGUUUCUGCAUUUUCUCCCUUUUUCUCCUGGUUAGUGCGUUCAAUUGCCCGAUUGCGUCAUGCUUCCUCUCCACCAAUGCCGAUCCCUUCUCUGUUUGAGGAGAACAAAGCUAACCCACGCCCCCUCCGACAUGUGGGCAGCAGCCGGAUGCAUUUUGUCACCUACACUUUGACGAGCGCAGUGCAGCUCGGCACUGUGUACAGAGAGACACACCCUAAGAGCACUCUUUUCCCGUCUCUGUGCAGGUGCCAUCAAUCAGCCAGCGGAGGUCGUAAUUGCGUUAGUUAUAAGAGAGAGACCCCAUCCGGCUUUUAAUAUCCCACUUAUAUCUGAACAACAGGCCAAUCGUUGUUCAUGUGGCUGUUCAGAUGUAUUCGAUAUCCCAGCUCUGGGGUUCAGCGUGUGUUUUUUUUACCGCUGCGCCACCUGAGAGGCUGCUUCAUGUAUAUCUGACGGCAAUCUUCUACGAUCCUGUACAUUUCACAGCAUGGUAAACCUGAACAGAUUUUUGGGUGCUUUUAUAUAGGACAGACGUGUGCAACCCGCACGCCUGGUCUCAUUUUAUUUCUCAGGAACAUCUGACUAUGUGGGGUCAGAUGGGAGCUGUAGCUGUGGUUAAGGUAUGCUGGUUCAAGCCCCAUCACUACCAGGUUGCCACCGUUGGGCCCUUGAGCAAGGCCCUUAAACCUUAAUUGCUUAGACAAUGUACUGUCACAGUGCUGGAAGUCGCUUCGGAUAAAAGUGUCUGCUAAAUGCCAAAAAUGUAAAUGUACUGUAAAUGGAGUAAUUAGUCCAGAGGUUCACAGACUU